UGGUAGGGCAGCAUGGUCGUGGCGAGAGUAAAUGAUCAGUACAUUUUUAGGCUGUUAUUUUGAAAAGUUUUCUGUUUUAUACAUUUUAUAAGCUAAAGACAAUAACCUCCUUCUCAGUGGUGAAAAUGUCAAGUGAAGAAAUUCCAUCUGUUGCUUUAGAUGCUGUUUUGAAAAAAUCAUCUACAUUGCCAAAAGUAAAAGAAUGUGUCAGAGGCUAUGAUUUUAAUGAUGGUAUUGAUUAUUCAGCUCUUCUUUCAUCAUACAAAUUAUCUGGUUUCCAAGCAACAAAUUUUGGUUUAGCAAUUGAGGAAAUAAAUAAAAUGUUAUCAAGUAGGGAUGUGCCUCUAAAUACAGAAGAUUUAGACACAACGGAAACUGAUCCUUUUAUUAAAAGAAAGACAAAUUGCACCAUUUUUUUGGGAUAUACUUCCAACAUGGCAUCUUCUGGAAUCAGGGAUACUAUAAGGUUUCUAGUUCAACAUAACAUGGUUGACUGCAUUGUGACAUCUGCAGGAGGUGUUGAGGAAGACCUUAUUAAAUGCUUAGCUCCAACUAUGCUUGGAAGCUUUUCACUUGAUGGAGCACAACUUAGAGACCGUGGCUUAAAUAGGAUUGGUAAUCUAUUAGUUCCAAAUGAUAACUACUGUCUGUUUGAAGAUUGGGUUAUGCCUAUUUUAGAUGAAUUAAAAGAAGAACAGAUGUCUCAGCAUACUGUAUGGUCUCCCUCAAAAAUUAUAACAAGAUUAGGGGAAAAAAUAGCAAAUCCAGAUUCAAUCUGUUACUGGGCUGCAAAAAAUGAAAUCCCUAUCUUUAGCCCUGCAUUAACUGAUGGCUCAUUUGGAGACAUGGUUUAUUUCCAUUCUUACAGAAAUCCUGGACUUAUUAUUGACAUCGCUCAAGACAUACGCAGAAUAAAUUCUAUUGCAGUGAAAGCUUUGAAUUCUGGCAUGAUUAUUAUAGGAGGUGGUGUUAUAAAGCAUCAUAUUUGCAACAGCAAUUUAAUGAGAAAUGGUGCUGAUUAUGCCCUAUAUAUCAACACAGCUAAUGAAUUCGAUGGAAGUGACUCUGGAGCAAGACCAGAUGAAGCAGUUUCUUGGGGAAAGAUUAAGAAAACUGCUACUCCUGUAAAAGUGUAUGCUGAUGCUACAUUAGUGUUUCCUUUGCUUGUUGCAGAAACCUUUGCAAAGAAAUUCCAUGAAAAAAAUAAUCAUGCAUAAAAUCUUCUAUAAUAUUUAUUUUAAUUCUUUGUUACAUAAAUCAAAUCUG